AUGCCCCCUUCUUCCACCCCAUCCAUUACCUUUACUCCUCAUACCCAGCGAUUGGCCAUCCGAGCCGCCUUGGCCUUCUUCGGAAUCCUGGUCAUUCGAGCGUUAUUCUUCUCUUCAAACUCGCCAUCAGAGGAGAUUCAAUCGCACGGUGUUUUCGAGAGGGUAUUGAUGAAUGACAAGUAUCUCGACGUAUCAAAAUAUCCUUUCCUGCAAUCAAGACAAGGUAGAGAUGAUCGACCAGAUAUGUUUGACCAGGAAGUUUCAGAAGGUUUAUUAGAUUUCUGGACUAGAUUUCAGAAACCUUUCAUCACUGGAAAGGAUACUGCUCAUCUGGAUACUCAAGUGAUGAGAACGGUGAUAGAUGAUUUAUUACAAUUCAACGGAUGGGUAGCAUCAGCUUGUCCAACAUUGGUUAGACCUUUUGGACAAAAUAGUAGAGAUGAUCAUUAUGAAGAUUUGGCUUCGAAAGAUCAUCUUUACUACAUCGCUAUCGUUAUCCACUCCGCAGAUCAUUUCUUAGUGGAUCAAUUGGCAAUCAUCGUUCAAUUAGCAAGAAGAUUAGGUACAAGGAAUAUAUUCGUAUCGAUGUUAGAUCAAGCUUCGACCGAUUCCACUCCUACUCUAGCAGAUCUGUGCGAAGCGGUCAUGACUAUCUUAGGUAUAGCAUUUAGAAUCAGAAGAGUUCCACCUAUGACUGUUGAUCCGGCGGCCACUUAUUACCCAUUAGAGGAAGCGGAGGCUAGAAACCUGGCUUUGGAACCUUUACAUGAACUCUGGCAUAGAAGAUCGAUCAAGUUCCACAGAGUAGUUUGGUUGAAGGGUUUCACUUGUCCUAAUGAUGUCUUAGAAAGUUUGAGGGUUAGUGAGGCGAACAACGCGGCGAUGGUUUGUGGAAUGGAUUGGGCAGAACAUAAUGGGUUCUUCAUCUUCUCUGAUCGAUGGAGAACUCGAGAUAUCGAAGGUAACCUCUUCCGACAAGCCAAAUCCAACUCUAAACCCGAAGCAGGUCCACCACGAGAUAAGACCGGUACCGAGCGAUUCACCCACCAUUUACCAUUCCAAGUAUACUGUUGUGAAUCCGGUACUCACGUCGUCGAUCCUGAACAAUCAUAUUAUCGAGAUAUCCACUAUCGAGCAUCCCCCUUAUCUCACAACUUGUCCACUACGCAAGAACAACCUAACUGGGAUCCCGAAAUGGCCUGUAUGGAUUCUACACAGAUGUGGUUCUGUCGGGAUCUAUGGACGGACGCUGCUAGAGGUGGUUUGAAAGGCGGUAAGAAGGGUCAUCAGAAAUUGACUGGAGCACACAAAAGGGAUUUAUCUGAACAUUUCGAUGUCCACCAACGCGAUUUGGGACUGGAAGCUGAAUCCGCAGUUCAGUGGGGUAAGAGGGAUGAACCGAAAGUUGAAGAACGUGCUGAAGGAGGUAAAGAAGAUGAAGAUUCAGGUACGGAUGUAGAUGCAAUGGCUGAAGAUGCUGCCAACCCUGCACCAGAACCUUUAAAACCCCAAGAACUUCCUGCUUCAGCUUUCCUCAUUCCCAACUCUGCUUUUACCCCUGCUAGGAUAUUGGUCAACCCCCGAUGUAUUACCACCUAUGGUGGUGUAUCACAUACUCAAUUGGCACUGGAUCUGUUUGGUGGACCGCACGGUGAUGAUCCAGCUCAUGAUUCUGGUAACUACGUAUUGGAAGAUUGGGCUGGUCCACCAGAUUCAUUCGUGUGUCAGGAAAUGAGGACGACAGGUGGUAGGACAGCACCGAAAUCUCAAAGAAGAGUUGGAUUCUUAUUGCAGAAUGAGGUCGGAAUCUAG